CUGACAGGAGCGGAGACGGGAGGUGGCGGCGGCGACGGCAGGAGGAGGAUGGCCGGGGGCGCUGGCGCCGGUGCGGACGGCGGUGCAGGCGGCGGCGGUGGCGGCGGGGGCGACGGCCGCGGUCCCAGCGGUGGCAGCAGCAGCAGCGGCGGGAGGAGCCUCCGGGAAAUGGAUGAAAAGAGGCUACUGGAUCCAGGGUUGAAAGUUCGUAAAGGCCUCUGGGAUUAUACUCUGAAGAACCAGCAGAUGGAAUGCCUGAGUGACUGAAGAAAAUGGGUGCUAAUGCAUCUAACUAUCCUCAUUCAUGUUCCCCGAGGGUAGGGGGAAAUUCUCAAGCCCAACAGACUUUUAUAGGGACAUCAUCCUAUUCUCAGCAAGGCUAUGGUUGUGAAUCAAAAUUAUAUAGCCUUGACCAUGGCCAUGAGAAACCACAAGACAAAAAAAAGAGAACCUCUGGCCUUGCCACUCUCAAGAAGAAGUUUAUCAAGCGUCGAAAAUCUAAUAGGUCUGCUGAUCACGCCAAGCAGAUGCGAGAACUCCUCUCUGGGUGGGAUGUUCGAGAUGUCAAUGCAUUAGUGGAGGAAUAUGAGGGAACUUCAGCCUUAAAGGAGCUUUCUCUACAAGCCAGUUUGGCUAGACCAGAAGCCCGGACAUUGCAGAAAGAUAUGGCCGAUCUUUAUGAGUACAAGUAUUGUACUGAUGUAGACUUAAUAUUUCAAGAAACUUGUUUUCCUGUUCAUCGUGCCAUUUUGGCGGCAAGAUGUCCAUUUUUUAAAACACUACUUUCUUCCUCACCCGAGUAUGGGGCAGAGAUCAUAAUGGACAUCAGUACAGCUGGUAUAGAUAUGCCCAUGUUUUCUGCGUUGUUACACUACCUUUAUACGGGAGAGUUUGGAAUGGAGGACUCAAGGUUUCAAAAUGUUGAUAUCCUCGUUCAGCUUAGUGAAGAAUUUGGAACACCAAAUUCCCUUGAUGUAGAUAUGCGUGGACUCUUUGAUUACAUGUGUUAUUAUGAUGUCGUCCUUAGUUUUUCUUCAGACUCUGAACUGGUUGAAGCUUUUGGUGGAAAUCAGAACUGUUUAGAUGAAGAGCUCAAAGCUCAUAAGGCUAUUAUUUCAGCACGGUCUCCAUUUUUUCGAAACUUAUUACAAAGGAGGAUACGGACUGGUGAAGAAAUCACAGACCGAACUUUAAGGACUCCCACAAGAAUUAUAUUAGAUGAGUCCAUUAUACCAAAAAAAUAUGCGAAAGUUAUAUUACACUGUAUGUAUACUGACAUGGUGGACCUCUCCGUUUUGCACUGUAGCCCCUCUGUGGGGAGUCUCAGUGAAGUUCAGGCUCUCGUCGCAGGGAAGCCAAACAUGACUAGGGCAGAAGAAGCCAUGGAACUUUACCACAUAGCACUGUUCUUGGAAUUUAACAUGCUUGCACAAGGCUGUGAGGAUAUCAUUGCUGAAAGCAUCUCAUUAGAUACCUUAAUUGCCAUCCUCAAGUGGAGCUCUCAUCCAUAUGGCUCUAAAUGGGUACACCGACAAGCUUUACAUUUCCUCUGUGAGGAAUUUUCCCAGGUCAUGACUUCGGAUGUUUUUUAUGAACUCAGCAAAGACCAUCUGCUUACUGCUAUCCAGUCUGACUACCUACAGGCAAGUGAACAAGAUGUCCUUAAAUAUCUGAUUAAAUGGGGUGAGCAUCAGUUAAUGAAGAGAAUAGCAGACAGAGAGCCAAACUUACUGAGUGGCACUGCUCACAGUGUGAACAAGAGAGGUGUAAAAAGACGAGACCUGGACAUCGAAGAGCUUAGAGAGAUCCUUUCUUCUCUCUUACCUUUUGUGCGAAUUGAACAUAUUUUACCUAUAAACAGUGAAGUCCUAAGUGAUGCAAUGAAAAGAGGCUUGAUUAGUACUCCUCCAUCAGAUAUGCUUCCUACAACAGAAGGUGGAAAGUCAAAUGCCUGGUUACGGCAAAAAAAUGCUGGAAUAUAUGUUCGUCCUCGACUGUUCUCUCCCUAUGUAGAAGAAGCAAAGUCAGUGCUAGACGAGAUGAUGGUGGAACAAACAGAUCUUGUGCGUUUGAGAAUGGUUAGAAUGUCCAAUGUGCCAGACACACUUUACAUGGUCAAUAACGCCGUGCCACAGUGCUGUCACAUGAUCAGCCACCAGCAGAUCAGCAGUAACCAGUCAAGCCCUCCUUCGGUUGUAGCAAAUGAAAUCCCAGUUCCUUGUCUCCUCAUUAUGAAAGACAUGGUCAGACGUCUGCAGGAGCUGCGACACACUGAGCAGGUGCAGAGGGCCUACGCGCUUAACUGUGGGGAAGGCGCCACAGUCAGCUAUGAAAUUCAGAUUCGAGUAUUGAGAGAGUUCGGGCUCGCAGAUGCUGCUGCAGAGCUCUUGCAGAAUCCUCACAAGUUCUUUCCUGAUGAACGUUUUGGAGAUGAAAGUCCACUCUUGACAAUGAGGCAGUCUGGGAGAUGUCGAGUUACCAGUACCCCCGCUGCAGAAACCGUGUUUACAGAUCCGGACUCUUUUGUGGCCUUCCAUCCACCCUUGCCACCUCCACCACCGCCGUACCACCCCCCAGCUACCCCAGUCCAUCACCACCUCAAAGCGGGCUGGAGACAAAGACCUCCCAGCCAACACCCUUCACGUUCGUUCUCUUAUCCCUGUAAUCAUUCACUGUUUCACUCCAGAGCAGCUCCUAAAGCAGUGCCCCCUCCAGUCUGUCUGCCAGGUGUUCAAGCAGCAGGACCUGACUGUGCCGGCGCCACAGGGCUGGGGAGACAGACGGUAGCCGCCGCCGCCUCAGCAGCAGUAGCAUCUGAGAGACAAGUGUGUACACAACCUGUGCUAAAUGACCUAAUGCCAGACAUCGCCAUGGGAGUGUCCGCACUGUCACUCAAGGAUAGGAGGCUUCCCGAACUUGCUGUAGACACAGAAUUAAGCCAGUCAGUUUCUGAAGUAGGACCAGGGCCUCCCCAGCAUCUAUCGUGUAUUCCACAGAGGCAUACACACACAUCUCGAAAGAAACACACGCUAGAGCAAAAAACAGACACUCGAGAAAAUCAGCAGGAAUACCCAGAUUUCUAUGACUUCUCGAAUGCUGCUUGCAGACCGUCUACUCCGGCUCCUGGCAGACGCACCCCUUCCCCUUCGCAAGGUGGAUAUUUUGGUCCCGAUUUGUAUAGCCACAAUAAGGCAUCACCAAGUGGCUUAAAGUCAGCCUACCUACCUGGCCAGACCUCUCCUAAAAAGCAGGAAGAAGCUAGGAGAGAAUAUCCACUUUCCCCUGACGGGCAUCUGCACAGACAAAAGAAUGAGCCGGUACACCUCGAUGUUGUUGAGCAGCCUCCCCAGCGGUCGGACUUCCCUUUGGCAGCCCCAGAAAAUGCCGGCAACGGUCCAGCCCAUGUCAGGGGGCGAACAGCAGUGGAGACUGACUUGACUUUUGGGCUGACUCCUAACAGACCUUCACAUUCUGCAUGUAGCUCUGAAGCUCCAGAAGAGAGAUCUGGUAGAAGACUGGCGGACAGCGAGUCCUUGGGCCAUGGAGCUCAGCGAAAUACAGAUUUGGAAAGGGAAGAUUCAAUCAGCAGAGGAAGGAGGUCACCAAGCAAGCCAGACUUCCUCUACAAAAAGUCUGCCCUUUGAGAGCAACCUCCAAGUCGUCUGUGCCUGAGAUGUGAAACAUCCCAUUUUAUGAUGUAACCCAACAACUUAGAGUAUUGAUGCCAGCUGAUAACUCAGUCACAUUAUUUUAUUCUAGUUUUUGUAUAUACAUGUUUAUUAGACAUGGCAUGCUAAGAGGGUUAUUUUGAAUGCUGCGUCUGUCUAUUUUGUGUUUGAACAAUUGUGUGGGGAAGCAUUUUUAAGAGCAAGCAAGCUGGCACUUUUUUUUUUUUUUUUCUCUUUACAAAUGAUGGAAUUUUUUUGCACUUGUAGUUUUAUCUGUAUUGUUUUUAUAUCAGUAUGUUAAACUUUAUUGCCACA